AUGAAGUUCACUGGAUUGACCGUUUCAAUCAUCCUUUCUAGCCUAUGCUACUCCACCGCUCUUCCCGUCCUUGGCAAUGUCGAGGGUACCUUUUCUAGCAUCGAGGGUGCGGUUGGUGGUGUCACAGGCUCUGCUCCUAAGAUUGCUGCGCCCAUUACCUCAGCCACUCACGGCCUACCUGGCACUCUCAAGCGUGACGAUACCGCUGCCCUCGGUGGGACUGUCGAGACCAUCCCAAGCCUGGCCAAUAGCGCUGUUACUGUCGCUGGCAGUGCCGUUGGUACCGGUGAAAGCCUUGUCUCUGGUGCUGCUGGUACUGCCGAGAAUGCGGUUGCCGGCUCCGCUACGAAGCGCCAGCUCAACGACCUUGUUGGUAGCACUUUAGGAAGCGCUGUUCCUGCCAUUAUCCAAGAAUCCAAAGCCGGUGGCCUGGCUCGUGCCCUCAAGCGUGACGAUACCGCCGCACUUGGCGAGACCGUCGAGACCAUCCCAAGCCUUGCCAAUAGCGGUAUUGCCAUCGCUGGCAGUGCCGUUGGUACCGGCGAAAGCCUUGUCUCUGGUGCUGCCGGUACCGCAGAGAACACUGUUGGGCAUACUUAG